GAAGAACCAGGGAACCACAAGAACCAGGGAACCACAAGAACCAGAAGAACCAGAGAACCACAAGAACCAGAGAACCACGAGAACCAGAGAAACCAGAAGAACCAGAGAACUAGAGAAUCAGAAGAACUACAAAGAAAAAACGGAACCAGGAGAAGAUUUUGUGUGACAAAGUCGAAUAAGCGAAAUGUGACGCCAGCUGUGGCUAUUACUUUUAGAUCAGCCGAAUUAGUGCUAUCGUUUAAUGGCACAAAACAUUUUAUGUGCAACAAUAAAUGUAUUAAAAAAGUUGAUGUUCUUUACUUAUAUCUGGAGCUUUUGUAGUUGUCAACGUAAUGUCUUAGGCUNCCAUCCGCUCGCUUGUCGCUCUCAUUCCGUCUCUUACUCCAAGGUUCCCAUAUGUUGUGCCGUCGCUGAAGAUCUGAGAGCAAGUGGAACAGGGCAACCAAACACAAAGAACCAAAACAAGAACCAUAGAACCACGAGAACCACAAGAACCACGAGAACCAGAAGAACCAGGGAACCACAAGAACCAGGGAACCACAAGAACCAGAAGAACCAGAGAACCACAAGAACCAGAGAACCACGAGAACCAGAGAAACCAGAAGAACCAGAGAACUAGAGAAUCAGAAG